AUGCAAAAUGUCACAAAUAAAAUAUCAACAAAAUUUUCAAGAGAAUUAAUUACUGAUAAUGAACUUCGUCGUUUAGCUGAUAAAUAUCAUAAUCGCCAUCCGACAUUAUAUCAAUGUAUAUAUGAUGAUAUAUUACAUAAAUUUAAAUCCAUUUGGUCAACAGACGAUGUUGAAUAUAAAAAAGUUCUUGAAAAUAUUUUUUUACGUUUAAAUUCUUCAUCGAAUAGACGAUCACUUGAUGAUCAAAUUGAAUCAAUUAUUGAACAUAUAACAAAAUAUUUUAUUCAAUUAAAACUAAUUAAAGAAGAAGAAGAAGAACAAUCAUCCAUCACAAUAAGACAAAAUUCAACAUUAUCAUCAUUACCAAUAGAAAUAGUUAACUAUUCACAAUCACCUCAAAGUCAACGACGACAUUUACUUGAUCGAUCAUUAGCAUCAUCUCCGAUUUAUAAUAAACCUAAUUCAAUAUUAGUUGAAAGACAAAAGAAAAGCUAA